GAAGCUGAAACUAAGUAAUUUGAUGGGACCAUUUUUGUUUUCCAAGUAUCUCACUCAGUCAAAUGGAUUUUAGGCAGGGCUAGAUUUAGAAAGGAAAAAUACAUCAAAUGUACCAAACUUUUCAGUGGUUCUAACAUUCUCAGCUGUAGUGGAGUUUAUCCAGAGCCAAAGGUUAUUUGCAGCUAUCCUUGAUUAGUAUCUUCACAGGGGUAAUUAUAGUUUGCCUCCUUAAAUUUCCUUGUGUAACUUUAAUUGGAUGUCUUAAUUUUAUCUGUGUUUUGAUAUUCAUCACUUACUCUACACUGAGUGUUAGUGACUGUGUGUGUAGAUUUUGUGUGUCCACAAUUUCUGGGACUCUUAAAAGUACACCCUUUCCAUUGGAAAGAAGUAUUUUAGGCAAGCCAGUCACUCCCCUCAUUCUCUGAAAAAUGGAAUAAUACUUGUCUUUCUCAUAGUUAUUUUGAGUAAGAAUGAUAGUGUUGAGUUUUGUUUAGCUCAUCAGGGAUUAGACUGGAUUUCAUUAUUUUCUGGUCACAUGUGAAUUCAGUGUUGCUUUUUCUAGUCUAACUUAAAAUACUUUGGAUUGAAAGGACCUUAUGGAUAUAGUGUAGUUCGUGAACAGUAAGUAUUCUGUAUUGGGGAGAAGGAGAGAAGUUUGCUAAUUUUACAUUUUUCACAAGUGAUUUUCUCAACUUUAAAAAUAUUUUAUUGUGGUCUAUUGAGAUAAUGUAAGUUAAUUAUGGUAGAUUGGUUACUUCAGGCUUUAUUUAUUUAUUUUUUUAACACAUCUGGGUAGCCUUUGGAUUUUGAAAUUUUCCCACAAACUUUCAUAUCUAUAACAUCUGUUCAAGAAGAAUAAGGUAUGCUUUAUUUUUUUUUCCAGAUUGAGGCACACUAUUGACAUUUUGCCUUAAUUAAAAAAACAAACUUGGGAGAGGAAGGUGGACAUAAACCAAGACUCUGUAAAUUAUAAAGAGCUCUGAUGGGCUAUUUGGGUGUUCCCCAGUGCAGUGAACUGCAGGAGUUUUGUCCCUGAGUCAUGGAAGACAGAAGAGCUGAGAAGUCAUGUGAACAAGCAUGUGAAUCUCUUAAGAGGCAGGACUAUGAAAUGGCCCUCAAGCACUGCACAGAGGCCCUCCUUUCUCUUGGCCAGUACUCCAUGGCCGACUUCACAGGGCCAUGUCCACUGGAAAUAGAGAGCAUCAAAAUUGAGAGCCUUCUUUACAGAAUUGCUUCAUUUUUGCAACUGAAAAACUAUGGGCAAGCUGAUGAAGACUGUAGGCAUGUGCUGGGAGAAGGACUGGCCAAGGGAGAUGGGGCAUUUCAGGCGGUGCUUUGCUGCAUGCAGCUGAAAGGAAAGCUCCAACCUGUAGCCAACAUUCUUGCCAAGUCACUGACAGGAGAGUCCCUGAAUGGGAUGGUAACAAAAGAUUUGACAAGACUAAAAACACUUCUCACAGAAACAGAGACAGCAACUAGUAACAUCCUCUCUGGAUAUCAUGUGGAAGACUUAGAAGAGGGAUCUUGUAAUGGUUGGCAUUUCCGCCCACCACCUAGGGGAAUCACAAGCAGCGAGGAAUAUACUUUGUGUAAAAGAUUUUUAGAGCAAGGAAUCUGUAGGUAUGGUGCCCAGUGUACUUCAGCACAUUCCCAGGAAGAACUAGCAGAAUGGCAGAAAAGAUAUGCUUCACGGUUGAUAAAAUUGAAACAACAAAAUGAAAAUAAACAGCUCUCAGGCAGUUACAUGGAAACCUUGAUAGAAAAGUGGAUGAAUUCAUUAUCUCCUGAGAAAGUGCUUAGUGAAUGUAUAGAAGGAGUAAAGGUAGAGCAUAACCCUGAUCUGUCGGUUACUGUCAACACCAAAAAAUCUCAUCAGACAUGGACCUUUGCUCUCACUUGUAAGCCUGCAAGAAUGCUGUAUCGUGUAGCAUUGCUUUAUGAUGCUCAUCGUCCUCAUUUUAGUAUCAUUGCAAUAUCUGCCGGAGAUAGUACUACCCAGGUAUCACAAGAAGUCCCAGAAAACUGUCAAGAAUGGAUAGGAGGAAAGAUGGUCCAAAAUGGAUUAGAUCAUUACGUGUAUAAAGUCGGGAUAGCAUUUAACACAGAAAUAUUUGGAACUUUUCGCCAAACCAUAGUUUUCGACUUUGGAUUGGAACCAGUACUCAUGCAAAGAGUAAUGAUUGAUGCAGCUUCUACAGAAGAUCUUGAAUACCUGAUGCAUGCAAAACAACAGCUAGUAACCACAGCUAAGCGGUGGGAUUCUUCUUCUAAGACUAUUAUAGAUUUUGAACCUAAUGAAACUACUGAUUUGGAGAAGAGCCUUCUUAUCAGAUACCAAAUUCCUCUCUCUGCUGACCAGCUAUUUACCCAGUCUGUUUUAGACAAAUCACUGACCAAGACCAACUAUCAAUCACGAUUGCAUGACCUUCUCUAUAUUGAGGAGAUAGCCCAGUAUAAAGAAGUUAGCAAGUUCAACCUUAAAGUGCAAUUGCAGAUUUUAGCAAGCUUCAUGCUCACUGGAGUUGCUGGAGGUGCAAAGUAUGCUCAGAAUGGACAGCUUUUUGGUCGCUUUAAGCUUACUGAAACACUUUCUGAAGAUACUUUGGCUGGACGGCUGGUGAUGACCAAAGUCAAUGCUGUUUAUUUAUUACCAGUCCCUAAAGAGAAGUUAGGACAGACCCAGGGAACCAAAGAGAAGGUUUAUGAAGCUACUAUUGAAGAAAAAACAAAAGAAUAUAUAUUUUUAAGGAUAUCCAGGGAAUGCUGUGAAGAACUUAAUCUUCGGCCUGAUUAUGAUACACAGGUUGAACUUCAGUUUCAAUUAAAUCGAUUACCCCUCUGUGAAAUGCAUUAUGCGCUAGACAGGAUCAAGGACAAUGGGGUUUUGUUUCCAGACAUCACUAUGACUCCAACCAUACCUUGGAGUCCCAACAGACAGUGGGAUGAACAGUUGGAUCCUCGGCUAAAUGCAAAACAGAAAGAGGCUGUUUUGGCAAUUACAACUCCACUGGCAAUACAGCUGCCUCCCGUUCUCAUCAUCGGACCCUAUGGGACGGGAAAAACAUUCACUCUAGCUCAGGCUGUCAAGCACAUUCUCCAGCAGCAGGAGAUGAGCAGGAUUCUCAUUUGCACCCAUUCUAAUAGUGCUGCUGAUCUCUACAUAAAGGAUUAUUUACAUCCAUAUGUAGAAGCAGGCAAUCCCCAGGCAAGACCUCUCAGGGUAUAUUUCAGAAAUCGCUGGGUAAAGACUGUCCACCCAGUUGUGCAUCAGUACUGUUUGAUCUCAAGCGCACAUUCCACCUUUCAGAUGCCACAGAAAGAAGAUAUUCUUAAACACCGAGUGGUGGUUGUUACAUUGAAUACCUCCCAGUACCUCUGUCAAUUGGACCUUGAACCUGGUUUUUUUACACACAUUCUAUUAGAUGAAGCUGCCCAGGCCAUGGAGUGCGAAACCAUUAUGCCUCUAGCAUUAGCAACUAAAAACACUCGGAUUGUCUUGGCUGGUGACCAUAUGCAGCUCAGUCCUUUUGUUUACAGCGAGUUUGCCAGGGAGAGAAACCUUCAUGUUUCAUUACUUGAUCGACUUUACGAGCAUUACCCUGCUGAGUUUCCAUGCAGGAUCCUCCUGUGUGAGAACUACCGCUCCCACGAAGCUAUCAUCAAUUACACCUCGGAGCUCUUCUAUGAAGGCAAAUUGAUGGCCAGUGGAAAGCAGCCAGCACACAAGGAUUUCUACCCACUAACUUUCUUUACAGCACGAGGGGAAGAUGUACAAGAAAAAAAUAGCACAGCUUUUUAUAAUAAUGCAGAGGUAUUUGAAGUGGUGGAACGUGUGGAAGAAUUAAGAAGGAAGUGGCCAGUAGCUUGGGGGAAGUUAGAUGAUGGCAGUAUUGGUGUGGUGACUCCAUAUGCUGAUCAAGUGUUUAGGAUACGAGCUGAACUUCGAAAAAAGAGAUUAUCUGAUGUUAAUGUAGAAAGGGUGCUAAAUGUUCAAGGAAAGCAAUUCAGAGUUUUGUUUCUUAGCACAGUACGUACAAGGCAUACUUGUAAACAUAAACAGACACCAAUUAAAAAGAAAGAGCAACUGCUGGAAGAUUCCACAGAGGACUUAGAUUAUGGCUUUUUGUCUAACUACAAACUUCUCAAUACCGCUAUCACAAGAGCACAGUCCCUGGUUGCUGUCGUAGGUGAUCCCAUUGCUCUGUGCUCUAUUGGAAGAUGCAGGAAAUUUUGGGAGCGAUUUAUUGCACUGUGUCAUGAAAAUAAUAGCCUACAUGGAAUCACUUUUGAGCAGAUCAAAGCUCAGCUAGAGGCUUUAGAGCUAAAGAAGACAUAUGUGUUGAAUCCACUGGCACCUGAAUUUAUCCCCCGGGCUCUAAGACUUCAGCAUUCAGGAAAUAUCAACAAAUUGCAGCAGUCACCCCCCAAGGGGAAAAGCCUCCAUCAUACUCAGAAUGAUCAUUUCCAGAAUGAUGGAAUUGUUCAACCCAAUCCUUCCGUACUUAUUGGCAAUCCUAUUAGAGCAUAUACUCCUCCGCCCCCUCUUGGACCUCACCCAAAUUUGGGGAAAUCUCCAAGCCCUGUUCAAAGAAUAGAUCCUCACACUGGGACAAGUAUUCUUUAUGUACCUGCUGUCUAUGGAGGGAAUGUAGUCAUGUCGGUGCCUUUACCUGUGCCAUGGACAGGAUACCAGGGUAGAUUUGCAGUUGAUCCUCGAAUCAUUACACACCAGGCAGCGAUGGCCUACAAUAUGAACCUCUUACAGACGCAUGGACGGGGUUCUCCUAUACCUUAUGGCCUUGGGCAUCAUCCACCUGUCAGCAUAGGGCAACCACAAAACCAGCAUCAGGAGAAGGAUCCACAUGAGCAAAGUCGAAAUGGUAAAAGUGAAACAAAUAACCCUGGACCUGAGAUUAAUAAAAUUCGAACACCAGAGAAAAAGCCUCCAGAAUCAAAACAGAUUGAUUUGGAAUCAAAUUCACAGAACAGAAGUCCUGAAUCACGUCCUGGUGUUGUUUAUCCCAAUACCAAAUUUCAUCGCAAAGAUAAUCUCAACCCAAGACACAUAAAUCUCCCUCUUUCGGCUCCCCAUGCACAGUAUGCAAUCCCCAAUCGUCAUUUUCAUCCCCUUCCCCAGCUGCCAAGACCACCAUUUCCAGUUCCACAGCAGCACGCCUUGUUAAAUCAGCAGAAUAAUUUGCCUGAGCAACCAAAUCAAAUGCCGCCCCAACCAAAUCAGGUAGUCCAGCAGCAGAAUUCACUGAAGCAGCUGACUCAGCAGCCACCUUCCCAGCUCUCUCCUGCCUACCAGGCAGGACCCAACAGUGCUUUUUUUAAUAGUGCAGUUUCUCAUCGACCACACUCCCCUCCUGCGGAGGCUGUGAUUCCUGAGCAGCAGCCCCCUCCCAUGCUGCAAGAAGGCCCUAGUCCUCUGAGAGCCAUCACGCAACCUGGCCCCAUUCUUCCUUCACAUCUGAAUAACUUCACUGAUGAGAACCCCCCAGGAUUGCCUAUAGGGGAGGCUUUAGACCGUAUGCAUGGGAGUGUAGCCCUGGAAACAUUAAGGCAGCAGCAAGUGCGGUUACAGCAGUGGAGUGAGCACCACGCCUUUCUCGCUCAGGGCAGUAUUCCGUACCCACACCACCACCAUCCUCAUCCCCCGCUCCAGCAGCUUCCGCAGCCGCCCAUUGGACUGCAUCAGCCGCCAGUGAGAUCAGACUGGAAGCUCCCCAGCAGUGCCGAAGAGGAAGCCGAAGCACCAGACUCGAGGUUUCAAGAUUUAAUCAGAGAACUGUCUAAUCGUGAUCAAAGUGAAACUCGGGAACUAGCUGAAAUGCCGCCGCCUCAAUCAAGACUUUUGCAAUAUAGACAAAUUCAGACUAGGAGUCCACCAGCAGUCCCCUCUCCCCCAUCCAGUACAGACCACAGUAGCCACUUUUCUAACUUUAACGACAACAGCAGAGAUGUUGAAGUAGCCAACAGCCCAGCAUUUCCGCAGCGCCUUCCGCCCCAGAUAUUCAGCUCACCGUUCUCCUUGCCGUCUGAACACCUUGCCCCUCCUCCCUUGAAAUACCUGGCACCUGAUGGAGCAUGGACCUUUGCUAACUUACAGCAGAAUCACCUAAUGGGGCCGGGUUUUCCCUACGGGCUACCUCCGUUGCCUCACAGGCCACCGCAAAACCCUUUUGUACAAAUACAGAAUCACCAACAUGCUGUUGGUCAAGAGCCAUUUCACCCACUGUCAUCUCGAACAGUAUCUUCUUCUUCGCUCCCUAGCUUGGAAGAGUAUGAACCCAGAGGACCUGGUCGGCCCUUGUACCAAAGAAGAAUCUCAUCUAGCUCAGUCCAGCCUUGUUCUGAAGAAGUAAGCACUCCUCAAGAUAGUCUUUCUCAAUGUAAAGAGCUUCAGGACCAUAAUAACCAUUCUUUCAACUUUUCAUCCCCGGAGUCCUGGGUAAACACCACCUCAUCUACCCCCUAUCAGAACAUUCCGUGCAAUGGAUCCAGCAGGACAGCUCAGCCCAGGGAGUUGAUAGCUCCACCCAAGACCGCCAAGCCCCCUGAGGAUCAGCUGAAGUCCGAGAGCCUCGAGGUGUCCAGUUCCUUCAACUACAAUGUGCUGCAGCAUCUCGGCCAGUUUCCCCCGCUCAUGCCCAACAAGCAAAUCGCAGAGUCGGCCAACAGCAGUAGCCAGCAGAGCUCUGGGGGCAGCAAGCCUGCCAUGUCCUAUGCCAGCGCUUUGCGGGCCCCGCCCAAGCCCAGGCCCCCGCCUGAGCAGGCCAAGAAGAGUAGUGACCCUCUGUCUCUGUUCCAGGAACUUAGCCUGGGGAGCUCAUCAGGCAGCAAUGGCUUUUACUCCUAUUUUAAAUAAUCACUUUUUUUUUUUCUCAAGGGAGAAUGUUUUAAUUUCUGUUUGUAUCCAUAGAGUUAAGAUAGUUGGACUUCAUCUGUAGGUGCACAGCUACCUUUGUUUUAACAUCAAACAUGUUCUCACUUAAUUGCUUUGCUUUGCUGCUAGACUUGCAACUAAUUUUUUUUAAGUAUAUUCCAUUAUUUUGCAUUUUUGACGUGAGUCGGAAUUCUGACAGCUUUUAUGUAGAAUACAAAAUAUUUUUAAAUUUGUGUAUUGUUACAUGUGUUUGCAUCAAGCUAGCAGCUAAGAGGUUAAUUGUGCAACUAUAAAGAAAAAUAAAAAAAACUUUGUCUAAAAUGUAUUUAAAAAGAAAAAAAAUUGUAAGUAGCAUUUACAUUUAUUCAAUAAUAUUACCAUAUGCUGGGUUUCUGUACCAGAAAUGGCCAGUUGAUGUACAAAUGUAUGUUAUUUUUGCUUAAAUUCAUUUAAAAUUUUUUAAAAUAAAGGGGCAGCAUCUUCUAAAUACUUUUAAGUUUUAUCAGCAUUUUUUUUUGUGACAAGAUGCUGCAUUCUAAAACUUUUAUAGUUUUAGACCAUGUAUGACGUGCUGUUGUAAUCUCCAUCCACUGUAGGGUAGAGUUAAAGGCAUUCUUUGCAGAUGUAUUUUGUAUGCCACUGUUUUUUGUAACGUGAAAAAACACUGGCAUACUUAGUUCUUUUUUGGACAAGCUAUACUCCAAGCUUGUUUUUAAUGUUAAUUUGAUAGUGUGUGUGUUUUUUUUUAAACAAAUCAUGAAGCUGAAAAAUUUUUAGGAUUGUUGGUGCUUAGUAGACUUGAUAACUAUUUUAAAAAUGCGUGAAUUUAGUAAAAUCCUUUUUUUCUCACUAUGCAUGUGUAAAUGUUUGUAAUCUGGCUUUCCCCACCUCUCCAGUGGUAUAAAGAAUUGUGCCGCUUUAAGGUUUGUUUUUUUUUCCCUCCAGUAAAAAUUUUGGUACCUUAUUUGAUGUUUACAUUAAAAUGUGACAUUAUACAUGGCAGUUCAAAUAUUUUGCUAACUGUUUUGUUUGGGGAACACCAUUAAAAAGAAACGUUUGUCAAAGAUGUAUCAAAAUUCAUCAAAAUCUGGGGCAAAAAGCUACCCUUUUUUUAAUGUCUUUUCAAUUCUUCUAAAACAACCCUACUGCACUUGUAUAAAAAUAUAAAAUUUAAAUAGCUAUCUUAAAUAUUCUACAGUCUAAAAAUUGUUUUGAAUGAACUUUGGUAAAAUCCAAAGGAAAAUGUUUAUCCUCAUAAAACUUGUGGUCUUGUAACACAUUUGAAAUGAUGCAUGUCCUUAUUGUUUUCCUGAUCUAAUAGUACUACUUUGAUACUUCAGAGAUAUCUUGAAAUUACAAUAUAAUCUUUUUUUUUUUUAAUUAAGAUGAGGUUGGGAAACUGCAAAUGAACCAAUGGACCCUGAUGAUCCAUUCAAAAACAGCUUUUUGGAGGACUCCUUUUGAAUAGGCCAUCCUAUUUCGCAUUACAUUUUUAAAACAGUGUUGAAAAGUGGCAGGGGUAAAGAAAAACUGUUUACAUCUGUUAUUUGACUGGCGUUUAGUUGAUGUAGGCCAGCUAAAGCCCCUGUAAUCCUCAAGACAAUUUAGGAGAAGAGCGUGCCUUUAGUUAAAGGUCAGCAAGCCUAAGGGGCGAAUGAAGGGUGCAUCUUUCCUUCAGUCUGUCUGCUCAGAGAGCAGAUCGUUUCUAUAUGGCUUCCUGCCCCGGGCUGCGGGGCUCUGAGCGGCAGCGUAGACUUGGAGACUGCAGGCAUGUUAACGGUUAGUGUCAGUCACAGUAGGAAAACAGCCAGCGAGUUACAGCACCACGUUUUCCCGGUAUGAGGUCAGGUCACCACGUUUAGCCACGUCAAAUGUUGCUCAAUAUACUUCUGUCACAAGAAAGGAAGAAAAAUUUUUGCCAUAUAGCUAUGUAUUUCCAACUCUGACAAAACUCAAGACAUAGCCCAAAUGAAAAUUAAAUUUCCCCCAUGGGAUAAUGAAAACCAAUUUUCUCAUCAAAUGAUUCUUCUCCCCCACAAAUACACAGUACUGACACAAGCCAGAUGAAUGUUUGAAAACAUUUUGAUAAUAUGAAGACGGAACUGUCCUGUCAGGCUUUCAGUUAAUCCCUUGUCAUGAAGUAAUUGCCUAAUCUUCUGUUUUCCAUACUUGAACCUUUAAAAAAAUCAGUUUUUAUAUUAUUUAUAUUUAUAUUUAACUAAAGAGGUCAAAUGCACCACCCCACCACCUUAUAUAAAUAUAUUGAUGAUGGAAGCUUUGGAUAAGGAAGCUAUUGAGCUGUGGAGACAUCCCUGUUCUAAGUAGUUAUUUCUAAAAAAACUAAAAAUAAUAGCUACUUAUGAGUCCCCUGCUCUGCUGUGUCUGAGUGUUCCUUAUUUCCUUAUUGUUUCUGCAGCCAGUCAAGGAUUUGAAUGUUGUUUCCAUCUGAUACUCUUAGAUUCUGCUUCAAAUGCAUAUUUCAACCUCUAAUCAGCUUACUCUUUUCUUAGCAUUACUUAUGCUGACUCUCCAGCAGUGCUUUGAAUCUGUUAUGCAUAGUAUCUUGUAAGGCUACCGGAAUCAUAGCAAAUUUCUAUUGAAAUGAGGCAUAGCUUCUGAAUACUGUUCAUGCUGUUUGGGUAAUAUUUGGGCAGUGUUAGCAAGUAUCCACAAUUCAGACUUAAACAACUUCAUUUAUAUACUAGGUUCAGCCUUGGAGUGCAGAUGGAACUUUCUUCUUCUGUUUUUUUUUUUUAGAGGAAACCUGAUGUUCACUCUUGGAUAAUACCAAGUAUUAUCAACUUCCUUUUCUUCCAGAACAGACUUUUUCUAAAGUGAGGUUAAUUGUUCACAUGAUGUUCUACUUCUUUGUUCUUUGUAUCACUCUGAAGUUUCCUUUUUCUUGCCAAAACUAUUUUUUAUUCAUUUCACUUUUUAAUUUCAGUGCUACUUGGGAUUAUCUUUUUUUUUUUUUUUUUUUUACCUUAAAUUCUUUGGGGUGACAGAAUUUGUAGAGUAUUCAUGCUAAUUUUUUUUUCUGAUCUGAAAAUGAAUUUUUGUUAAGAUUUGAAGAACCUCAUUCAGUGUAAUGUAGAUAUUUUCUGUCGUGUUUUUAAAAGGGGUUUUGGUUGCCAUUCUGACAUAUGCUUUGCCAAAUUGUUAUAGCAGAGCUUUGUUUUUGAUUAAUCAGUAGUUAAUUUUGGCCUUUUAAAUUCACAUGAUCUUAAUUUUCCUUCCCUCAAACAGAUGUGCUUUCUAUCCAGGUUGUUUUGUGCAAAUGAAAUAAAUUGCUUUGUGUGUU